CCAGAACAUUCACUGUCACAAGAAAAUGUCUCCCAAGAUCACUCUCUACACCAACCGCCUGUGCCCCUGGGCUCACCGCGCGCACAUCGCCCUCAUCGAGCUGGGUAUCGACUACGAGGAGGUGACCAUCGACCUGGACACCCCGCGUGAACCAUGGUAUCUUGAAGUCAACCCGCGCGGUCUCGUCCCCGCCCUCUCCUACGACGGUACCAUCAUCCUCGAGUCCGCCAUCAUCGCCCAGUUCCUCGUCGACGCCUAUCCCUCCCACAUCCUGCCCCCUUCCAACACCCCCGAGGGAGCUCUCAAACGCGCCCGCACCACCUUCUUCGUGGACACCUGGGCCAACAAGGUCUCGAGCCUGUACCACGCCACCCUGCGCUCCAGCGACGCCGACCGCCGCGCCUCCAGCGACGCCUUCGUCGCGGCCGUGAAGAAGGAGAUCGAGCCGCUGAUCUACCCCGCCCACAGCGCCGGCCAGGGCCCCUACUUCGAGGGCAGCGAGAAGCUCACCUUCGCCGAGGUGCUGCUGGGCUCGUUCCUGCUGCGUCUGUUCUCGCUGGCCAAGCCCGAGUACGGGCUGUUCCCCGCGGACCUGGUGCAGACGCUGGAGAAGGAGACGCCGAACUUCAAGCGGUGGGCGGAGGCGACGAUCGCGCACCCGAGCGUCAAGGCGAUUUACGACGAGGAGAAGGUGGCGACGCGCACGGUGCGGAGAUAUGGUCAGAAAUAGUGCGUGCGAGAUGGAGGGCGACGCCAGGAGCGGCGGAGCUUGCUGUAGGGAGUGCGCAGGGCUGGGUCCGGUUUUGUACUUGUUGUAGAAUCAAGGUUCGGCAGAACCGGGAACGAACGGUCUGGAGGGUCGAGUCCCGGUGCCUCCGUGAUGUAAC